GUGUCAGCUUUUUCCAUUUCCUGACUUCAUCAAAACGCCACCGGUGCCAACUCCGUACGAUUUUGAAGCAUCUUACCUGGAGGACCCACCUGUUACUGACAUUUUGAAAACGUCCCUAGCAAAGAGGUCCAGCGUAGUUCUUGUCAACAGCAGCUCCAAUUUUUUCAUCGGAGACACAGUGGCGUUGCUGAUAACAAUAAGAGAUGCAGAAGGAAAUUUGAAAACUAAGGGUGGAGACGAUGUUCGGGCGUGGUUUACAGAUGUAUCAUCAGCGGAUUCCUUGCUUCCAACCAAGAUCACAGAUUACGGCAAUGGGACAUACUUAGCUACAGCUGUGUUAGCUUUCAUUGGGAUAUUUCGAACCCAUGCAGGACUGGCUUACAGCAGAGAGUAUAAGCAGACUGUAGUCCUAACUCACCUCAUGAUAAAAUCAGCAGUUAUCUAUUUUGGAGCGUAUAGGAACGCCAUAGUAAGUCUACU